UAUGUGUGUGUGUGUGUGUGUGUGUGUGUGUGUGUGUGUUACAGGUCUGCUGGCAGUGAGUGUGUGUUCUCAGGUUGGUGUAAGUGUGGAGGUAGUAGCUGGUGAUAAUAUCACUCUCUGGUGUCGGCACGACCCGAUUAAAUCAGAUUUUUUAUUCUGGUAUAAACACACAGUCAGUUCUGCUCCGGAGCUUCUGGGUUGUAAACAGUUUAAAUUAUCGAGUCCACCAGCAGCGUGUUAUUUCUUUACUGAAAGUUCAGGAGCUGAGAUGUCUGUGAACUCCAGGAACACGACUCUCAGACUGACUGCAGUAAAUCACACUCACUCAGGCCUGUAUUACUGCAGCUUCAAGCAGAACGACCGCAUGAUCUUCAGCAACACCACACUUCUGCACAUUAGAGAGAGAAAUGACACCCUUUCUAAGAACUUGGACAGAGGAGAAGGUCUUCUCCAGGACUAUGCUUUCUGUGAUGUGUUCUUCAAGCUGACCCUGGUCUUCAGUGCUGUAUGUGUGAUUCUAGUCAGUUCUCUGAUCUUCAUUAUACUGUGGAAAAGAACAAGAAACCCAGGUUUUAAAUCUCAAAAACAGGAGAAUAAGGAGCAGGAUGAUGACUCAGUGAACUAUGCUGCUCUAAACUUCUCCAAUAAGAAGAAUAGGAGAGCAGGGAGACCUGCAGACACGAACAUAGAUCCCCAUAUUGUGUAUUCCUCUGUUAGACAGUAGAGUAAAGAGUACCAGAG